AACCCCGCCCGCAAGGGGGCGUUUCCCGCCCUUUCUCCUGUGUGAGGGGAAGGGGGGGGGGGCGGUAACGCGGCGGGCGCCAUGAAAUGCGUGAUUGGGGGGGCUCAUCUCAGAGUGUUUGGAAGAGCAAUACAUGCCAUAGCCCGGAUUAGUGAUGAGUUUUGGUUUGACCCCGUAGAAAAAGGUCUUGCCUUAAGAUCAGUGAACUCUUCAAGGUCAGCAUAUGCCUACGUCUUCUUUUCAUCCAUGUUUUUUCAGCAUUACUGCUGGACAGCUGCAGCUCAGCCAUGUCAGAAGGAAAAACAGUUAUCCCUCUCUUGUAAAUUGAUAAUUAAGUCAGUUCUUCCUGUAUUUAGAUGUGUAAAUACACUGGAAAGGAAUGUAGAGAAAUGCAGCAUUUAUACCAAUAUUAAUGAUCAUCACAUAACUUUUCAGCUCUUCUGCAGACAUGGUGUUGUAAAAACAUACAAUCUGACAUUUCAGGAAUGUGACCCAUUGCAGGCUGUUUUUGCAAAGCACUUGUGUCCAAACAUCCUUAAAGUCCACUCCAGGCUGCUGGCUGAUGUCAUGAUUCACUUCCCAACCAGUCAAGAAGAAGUAACCUUAGCAGUUACUCCAAUGAAAGUUUGUUUCAAGAGUUACACAGAGGAGGACACUGAUUAUUCCAAGACAAUGCUCACUGAAAUACAACUUCAUCCAGAUGAAUUUGACUACUUUCAAGUCGGAGUGGAUUCUGAAGUGACAUUUUGCCUUAAAGAAUUGAGGGGCCUGCUGGCAUUUUCAGAAGCUACCAGUGUUCCUGUCUCAAUCCAUUUUGAUGUAUCUGGAAAGCCAAUUGCUUUCAGCAUUGAAGAUAUGGUGCUGGAAGCCAGCUUUAUCUUGGCCACCUUGUCUGAUGUUGAAAAGGCCCCAGCUUCCCAGCAGCCUCCCUGCCCAUCACAGCUCCAGGAAAGCUCGAAGACACAUCUGGGUAAACCUGAAAAAACCUCCACGGGUGAAGACAGCAACACAGAAGCUGCUGCUCCCCAAAAGCCUCAGGGGAACAGAAGAGCACCCGACACAGAGUCAGUGAAACCUCUGAGUCCCUUGGGAAAACACAAAAAUAGCCCUCAGGUGACCAGGGGAGCUGUGACAGGCACCCAAGGAGCAGCCCUGGGGCAGGAAGAGGAGCACAGCAGGCUGGGAAGAGAGGCAACAGCAUCUCCGUAUCAGAAGUUUCAUUCCUUAUUUUUUGGAGCAGUUUCUUGUAAGGAGAGGGAAGCCUUCAGUCACACCUUCCACAGUUUAGCAACAGCGAGCGACACCGAGGAGGAUUUUGGCAACAUGCAGAGCUCUCAGGUUUUCUAG